AAAAAGAAAUGUUUAUAGUAUCAUUUUGUAUUUAUUAGUCAUUCUGCCGCCGAAUCUUUUCUAGUACAAAAAAAGAAAUAAAACAAAACUAAUUUAUCUUAAAAUAUGUGCAAGAUUAAGUAUAUGCUCCGCAGAGAAAUAAUAAAACAACAAAAAUAAUGAAAGGUGAGUGACAAGAAAAUCUUCCACAUGCAGUUCACAACAAAGUAUUGUUGUGUCUCCAACUUCACGGUAAUUACUGCGCUAUUAACAGUGUCAUGUCAUGUCUUCAAAUAUUGUGCUCUCCUCAAAAUUUUACUACUCUUCUUCUUCUUUCUAUGUUUACUUUAUAAGGAAGUUGAAUAAUAGAAAAGAUCAAAGAUGAAAAGUGAGAGAAAACAGUUAGUGGUAGCAGAAGUGAAGAGGCAACUAUGGUGCAUCCAUGGCUACUUCCUUUGCAGCUGUCACCGGCUUCACCUUACUGAUGGGAAUUGCGAGUGCACUUGAUACAUUUUGCGGUCAAUCAAAUGGAGCAGGACAGUACCAUAUGCUUGGAAUACACAUGCAAAGAUCAAUGCUGAUUGUUUCGAUUGUCAGUGUAUUCCUUGCAAUCAUAUGGGCUAAUACAGAAUCAAUUCUAGUAGCUAUACAUCAAGACAAAGCCAUUUCCAAAGAAGCUGGUUCAUAUGCAUUUUUCAUGAUCCCGAGUUUGUUUGCAUAUGGUCUUCUUCAGUGCAUUCUCAAGUUCUUGCAAACACAAAACAUUGUCCUUCCAAUGGUCCUAACUUCUGGAGUUGCAGCUUUGCUUCAUAUUCUUCUGUGUUGGGUUUUUGUCUUUGAAUUAAAGCUUGGAAGUAAAGGAGCUGCUAUAUCCCUUUCUAUAUGUUAUUGGGUCAAUGUUUUGUUGAUUUCACUCUAUGUCAAAUUCUCUUCUUCUUGUAAACAAACAUGGACAGGCUUUUCAAAGAAAGCCCUUCAGGAUCUCUCUGAGUUCCUUAAACUCGCUGUUCCUUCAGCUUUCAUGCUCUGUUUGAAAGUGUGGACAUUUGAAUUGAUGGUUCUCAUGUCUGGUCUUCUUCCUAAUCCAGUAUUAGAAACUUCAGUGCUUUCAAUAUGUCUUAAUACAUUUGGUCUAGCUUGGAUGAUCCCUUUUGGAUGCAGUGCUGCUGUAAGCAUACGAGUAUCGAAUGAACUGGGGGGCGGAAAUCCGCAAGCUGCGAGUCUAGCGGUUCGUGUGGGGCUAUCCACUGCCUUCAUUGAAGGGUUGUUUAUGGUAUUGAGCAUGAUUCUAGCAAGAAAUGUGUGGGGACAUGUUUAUAGUAAUGACAAACAAGUCAUCAGAUAUGUGUCAGCCAUGAUGCCAAUUUUGGCCAUUUCCAGUUUUCUUGAUGCUAUCCAAAGCACACUUUCAGGUGUUCUUGCAGGAUGCGGAUGGCAGAAGAUCGGUGCCUAUGUGAAUCUUGGAUCUUUCUAUGCAAUAGGUGUACCUAGUGCAGUUACAUUAGCCUUUUUUUUACACAUGCACGCGACGGGACUAUGGUUGGGGAUCAUCUCAGCAUUUACUGUCCAAACCUUGCUUUACAGUCUUUUUACGAUUCGUUCUAACUGGGAAGAAGAAGCAAGGAAAGCUCAAAGCAGAGUCGAUCACUCGAUCAUGUUGCCAAAUACUACCCUCAAAGACAGCAUCUCACCAUCUCAAAAAAAUGAACAAAUUCCUGUUUACGGUGAUUUCCGGAUGAUGCUGGUACUGCUACUUCAGGUUUCAAAGAUCCUGGUCUUACCGUUGAUGUUCCCAAACUCUAUGAUACUUCUCGAGACAAAGCUCCCGCUCUUUCACCCGUGGUCGAAGAUGCUCAGCCCAUCAACACUAUGCUGCCUGAUGAACCCGUUGAAGAAAGUCAUUCUACUGAUGAGUCUCCAGCUACCCAUCAAGACAAAAGUUUGGAAGGCGAAGAUCACGCCCUCUCAGGUAGUGACAAUGUGAAUCUGCAUCCUCAUCACAGUGACGACACCGUGUCUGAAUCAGAUGCUACGGAGGAAACUUCCAAACUAGAAAAGCAAAACUUUCAAGAAGCUUCGACUCUUGACACAAAAGCUGAUCCUGGGACCACUUCAAUGCCUGCCCCUACGCCUUCAGAGCUAGAACAAUUAAAGCAUGCUGAUCCUCUUAGUUUCUUGAAGAUUAUCAUGAAUGUGGAUGCUUCUUCGUCUCCAAGUCCUGACGCUAUUCCAGUUGCGACUGUGGAGUCUGGCAAUCAAGAAGACACUUCUAGCGUGCUUCGACAAAUCAAAGAGCGGUUCUUCGAUGUCAAUCUUGUGGAUCUCCUCAUUCGGGAUCCUCUUAAGAGUCAUGGUUUACAUCAACUUUUGAGAAAAGUAGAUUUACUUCAAGUCUCCACAACAGUCUCAGAUGUACUUGUUCUGUUAGGCUCCUUGGUUGAGCAACUUCAAGCUGAUAUCCUUCGAAAACGAAAUAUCGAAAGAGAGUUAUCUGAAGCAAUAGCCUCCCGUGAUUCUUCAUGGAAUUCUGCAGUAGAUGCAACCCAACGAGGCGAGGUCCUCAAACUUAAGCAAUCAGAAGACCAGAAGGCCUUUGAUGAUCAUGCAAAAAAUAUCAAGAUCUGGAAACAAGAGAUAAAGGCACUUGAGGAGAAAAUCGAGGAAGCUGAACGCAGCCAGGCAACCAUCCAACAAUCCAAUCAAAAGGAGUUGGUCGAAAUAGUACAAUCAGGGAUCACACAUUUCGAGGCUGCUCAAAAAUUAAUUCCUGAGAUCGAAAGGUUGAAGAAGCAACGAUCGGUGAUCGAACUCCGUAUGACUUCUUGGGAGUCACAAUAUUCAAAGAUCAAGAAUAACCUCCCUGAGGGUUUCAACUAGCUGCUUCGAACCUUAUUAUCUGUUGCGUUCUCAUUUGUAAUCGAAACCUCAUAUGUUUUGUAAAAGCACUUAUUUAUAUGCUUAACUUCUCCCUUAAUAUAAUAUUUAUCAGCACUAUUUCUUAGCAAAUCUUUUCAAUCUCUUGUCAAAAUAUAUUUUCAGAUCCUCCACAGUAUUCUUCAUUAAUGCAACAUGUAAACUCCGAAUACUCUUCGCGACCUCUUAGCCUUUGGACUUGACGUUUCUACUUCUUUAGCCCUAAUCAUGACUAACAGUAACGUUACUUUUUCAAAACGUCAUUUUAAGACGUGCGUGAAUCAGUUUCAUGAUUGCUGUUCAACUUCCAAGGGCGGGAAACGGCGGAUGUAAUAACUCCUCUCUUUGAAAAAACCAACUGCAGUCUAAUCAAUUAUUAAGAAACUAAACCAACCUUUAGUAUUCCCCUUCUAUAUAAAGGUCCAAUAUCACCCUUAUUUUCUUCAUUCACUCAUUCUCUUCUUUCCUAAACUCAGAAAAGAGAAACCAUUUUUCUUCCUCCAAAACCUUCUUCUCUUUUUCAUAAUGGCCGAAAUCCUCUCACUCAAUGAAAUCAAAACCCUUAUCCGGAGCGAGUUCAGACUUUCUGAGGAUGAACUCCUUCGCCACUUUGUCACUUUUGAAACUUUGUUUGCCAAUCAGGAGUUGGACUUCUACUUUGAGGAAGUCUUGGAAGGUGCUGUUUAUCCAAACAUGUUGGCUGAAUUUUGGAUGAAUGCUACUGUACGCAUAGAUCCUGAAGGUAGAACCACCAUAGAUUCUGAGAUUCGGCAUGCACGUUUCAGUAUUACUCCUGCCACCAUUGCUCACUUAAUCAAGUGUAGUAACUCUGGGGAACGCUUUGAUGAUGAUGUCUUUAACAUGACCACGCAUCUCAUGCUGAGGUCCGUCAUGGAAAAUGAUCCUUUCAGCGCCAGAGUUGUUAGGAUCUGGCAUCAGAUGCUCGUAGGCAACUUCCAGCCUCGGAGGGUCAACGAAAACAACAUCUUGGUUGAAGAUUUGGAGUUCAUCUUCUGUGGUCUUCGAGGGAAGAAGAUCAACAUUCCUUUGAUGAUAUUCAAAGGUCUUGUGAAAGCUGUCUCUAUUGGUACUGAACGGCAGAGGAACGUGACUUGCCUCCCUUACGGAAGACUUCUUUCUUUCAUCUUUCAAAGAAAGGGUGUAGUGAGACGCAUGCGUGAGGGCGGAGGGUUUAAACCAAAGGAUUAACUAACAACUUUCCUUUUUCCUUUGUCUUAGGGUUUUUAUGCUUUCUUUCCUUUUUGUUGUACUUUCAGAUCCUGUUUGGAUCUUUUGUAAUGCAUGCAAAACCCAAGUUAUGAAUGCCAAAUAUUUUGAAAUUUCUUUAGACUUUUCCUUUUUUAAGUCUGUUAUUCUGCAUGUAAAGCCAUUUUGAUCAAUAUGGCUCAUAUGUUUUGACACAUGGCUAACCAUUUUGGCUUUUCGUGACACCUCAAGUGUCUACGUUUUUGCAAUCUUAACUUCGAACAUGCUUGGCUUAUAUUUCUUCAAAUACUUCCCAUUUACUCUUAAGAUCCUACGAUCUUCUGCUAAUUCUUCAAUUUCAUAAGCAUUGUUCGAAAAUGUGUUUAAGAUUCGAAAAGGUCCUUCCCAAUGUGGGGACCAUUUACCAAAUGCCUGAUUUUUUCGGUCUAUAGGUAAAAUAACUUUCCAGACUAAAUCAUUAUUAACAAAAGUUUUACCUUUCACCUUUUUAUUGCAUGCUCUGGAUACUCUUUCUUUCUGUCUUUUAAUCAUUUCCAAUGCUCGAAGCCUGUCUUCGUCUAGAUCUACCAACUCAUUCAUCAUUAACUCCCAGUAAACGUUGGGAGAAAUGUCUGCUUGUCUUUGUAUUCUUACUGACUGCAAAAAUAUUUCGAUUGGUAGUACCGCAUCAUGUCCAAACGUCAACUGGAAAGGAGUUGUAUUUGUAGCUUCUUUUGGAGAGGUUCGACAAGCCCAAAGUGCUUGAUCUAAAGUCUUAUGCCAAUUCUUGGGUUUCUUCCCCACAUGCUUCUUAAUAAGACCAAUUAUAAUUUUAUUUGCUGCUUCGACUUGUCCAUUUGCUUGAGCAUAAUAAGGUGUGGAUGUUAGCAACUUGAAUCCUAUUUCCUUGGCAAAGUCCUGCAUUUUUCGUCCAGUGAAGACUGAUCCCUGAUCAGUUGUUAUGCUUUCUGGGAUUCCGAACCUAUAUAUAAUAUAUUUUUGAAUAAACUCAAUCACCGCUUCUUGGUCCACAUUUGCCAACGGUAUUGCUUCGACCCAUUUUGUGAAAUAAUCUAUUCCUACCAAAAUGUACCUUUGACCUCUGGAUGAUUUAGGGUGAAUUUCUCCAAUUAAAUCUAAAGCCCAUCCUCUGAAAGGCCAAGGUUUCACUAUUGUACUGAGUUCAUUUGCUGGAGCAUGUUGUAUACCUGCGUGUUCUUGGCAUUCUUGGCACCCCUUGGCAAAUUCUAUGCAAUCUUUCAACAUUGAAGGCCAAUACAUCCCAUAACGAAACAAAAGCCAUUUCAUCUUAUGUCCUGCUUGAUGUGCACCACAUGCCCCACUGUGUACGUUGGAUAGAGCCAAGUAUGCUUCUGCUUCGCCCAAGCAUUUCAGCAAUACCCCUUCAGGAGUUUUCUUGAACAAUUCGUUCCCCAUUAGAAAAUAUGACAGGGCUCUAUAUUUGAUUUUUCUAUCUGUCUCCGUCGAAGGAUUCUUCAAAUAGUUGAUUAUUGGGCUCCUCCAAUCCGUGUCUGCCAAAGAGUCAAUAUUUAGGACUUCGAACUCUUCUUUGUUGGCAUAACCCAAUUGUGAAUUCUCUAGAUCGCUCGGAGAAAGUUUAGUAGACAUUGCUCUUCCUCUUACUUCGAUCAAUUCUUCCAAUUUUUCUUUCGAUACUUUGUAUCCUGAAGCCAACUGUGCCAAGUCGUUCGCUUCUUGGUUAUUCACCCUUGAUACAUGUUUCAAUUCUACGUAUUCGAAUUUCUUGAGUAGCCUAUUUGCAAUGACAAAGUACAUGAUUAGAUUCUCUUUGAUGCACUUGUAUUCUUUUGUUAAUUGUUUGAUGACCAAUUCGGAGUCUCCUUUAAUUUCGACUCUGGUUGCCCCCAAUUCUAACAAAGCCUCAAGUCCGGCGAUUAACGCUUCGUACUCAGCUUCAUUGUUGGAGCAUAAUGGUCCUUCGAGUUUGUACUUGAGCUUUGUUGGAAUUCCAUCAGGAGAAAUUAUCAACACUCCAACUCCAGAACCUUCUCUAUGUGUCGACCCAUCGAAGUACAACUUCCAAGGUUUUAGGUCCACGUGAUACUGAUGAUUCUCGACCACUGCGUGAUCGACAAUGAAGUCUGACACAAUUUGGCCUUUCAUUGCCUUGAGAGGUUGGAAUAUUAGCGAAUAUUCCGUUAGGGCUAAAGCCCACUUGCCAAUUCGACUAUGUAAUAUUGGCUUGGAUAACAUAUGCUUAAUAACAUCACAAUGAGACGAAACGUAAACAUCAACUGGCUUUAUAUAAUACUUAAGUUUAAUACAAGAGAAAUACAAACAAAGGCAGAGUUUUUCUAUAGCAGUAUAUCUAGUCUCUGCAUCAUUGAGUACUCUACUUAAGUAGUAAAUGGCUCUUUCGAUGCCAUUUUCAUCUUCUUGUGCCAGCAUGCUGCCUAUUGUUUUGUCUGAUGCUGAAAUGUACAGGCGCAUGUGUUUCUUCCCAUUUGGGGGAGAUAAGAUUGGUGGACAAGUCAAGUAUUGCUUUAUCUGAUCGAAAGCUUCUUGAUGUUCAGCACGCCAUUCGAACUUUCCUCGCUUAAGCCGUAGUAAAGGCGAGAAGGCUUGCGUGCGUCCACUCAAAUUAGAGAUAAAUCUUCUUAAAAAAUUUAUCUUUCCCAAUAAUGAUUGUAACUCUUUCUUCGUGGAUGGAGAUUUGGUUUCCAUGAUGGCUUUUGUCUUGUUCUGGUUGAUCUCUAUUCCCUUUUUAUGGACUACGAAACCCAAGAAAUCUCCUGCUUGUACAAAGAAAGCACAUUUAAGGGGGUUCAUCUUCAAUCCGUGUUUCCUCAUUCUUUCGAAUGAUUGGUUUAAAUGAUCGAGAUGACUCAUUCCCGAAGUAGAUUUCACCACAAUGUCGUCUAUAUAUACUUGCAUGAAUGUUUCUAUGAAGUCAUGGAAUAUAGAGUUCAUUGCUCUUUGGUAAGUUGCCCCAGCAUUUUUUAAACCAAAAGGCAUUACAACCCAUUCGUAAGUGCCUAUUGCCCCUGGGCAACGAAACGCUGUCUUGGAUACAUCAUCUUCUGCAAUAAAGAUCUGAUUAUAUCCUGAGUAUCCAUCCAACAUACUUAGAUACUCAAAACCUGCGGCUGAGUCUACCAGCAUUUCUGCUACAGGCAUGGGAUAUUCGUCUUUAGGAGUGGCUGCAUUAAGAUCACGAAAGUCUAUGCAUACUCGUAAAGAGCCAUUCUUUUUAAUUACAGGCACUAUAUUGGCAAUCCAUUCGACAUACCUUGUAGUUUGGAUAAACUUGCAACGUAAAAGCCUUUCGACCUCUGCUUUAAUCUUCGAAUGGAUCUCUGGCGCGAAUCUUCUAGGAGUUUGCUUCACAGGUUUCUUCCCUUCUUUUAUCGGAAGCUUCAAUUCGACUAGAUCCCUUCCUAGACCAGGCAUCUCAUCAUAAUCCCAAGCAAAGCAAUCUCUAUUUUCUUUCAGCAUUUUGAUGACCGUUGCUUUUAAUUCUGGCUCUAAUUUCGCGCUGAUAUACGUUAUCCUCUUUUGAUCCCUGUCUCCGAGGUUUACUUCUUCGAGUGGAUCUUGGGCUAACAUCUUUAUAUUAGAAGCCAUUGGGUCUUUUUCGAACCCUAAAGGUUCUUCGUCGUAUAUUGCAUCUAAUCUUUGGUUUGAUCCUUCGUCCAUAAUCUCUUCGUCUAGGAUCGUAUCUUUGGAGUGUUUGAAAUCUGUAUGCACCUCCAAUUCUGCUAUCUCUUCUUUGAUUUGGAUGGUAUCUACCUUUACAUCUGAUAAUUCGGCCUCGAGAGCCGCCUUUUGUUUGUUCUCGGCCACAUAGGCCGAAAUCCUUUCGAAGAAUGAAGACUCAGACAUGAUUAAUGUCAUCGUCCCAGCCUGUUGGCCGUAUUGCUGCAUGAUCUUCUAAAGGUGCUGUAUCCGUUGGACCAUCCAUGAUCUCUCUAUCCCAUUGGAAUCCGUUUGGGUGCAAAGUAAGAUGAUACAAUGCAUUCUUAUUUGGGGUGUACAUCUCUUCUGCAGUAUGACAAGGUCCUAUAUUUGCCAGAUUCCUAUCGAAGUUGGAUUUAUUUACCUGGUUAACUUCAGCCAUAUAGUAACUCUGAUCACCUUCGAUGUUCUCUACUAUGCCAUCUUCUCUCCAGAUUGUCACCCUUUGAUGCAUUGUGGAGGGUACAGCUGCUACCCCAUGAAUCCAUUCCCUUCCGAGCAACAGGUUAUAGUUUGCUUUUGCUGGUAUAACCAUGAACAUAGUGGGUCUGGUAACUGAGCCUACUGUCAAAUUAACUUGAACAACUCCCAGUGUUUGUCCUAUCUUACCUUCAUAGUUAGACAGGACCAUGUUAUGUGGUCUUAUGUCCGUAUCGAACAUGCCAAUUCUCUUUAUCAUAUACUGGGGCAUCAAAUUUACUGCUGCUCCCCCAUCAACUAGGACUUUAUUGAUGCCAACAUUCUCAAUCUUAGCCCUAAUGUAGAGUGGUUUCAAAUGAUUUCUCAUACCCUCAUCAGGCCUCUCGAAGAAAGCAUUCUGCUCUUCGACUGCACCAUUAUUUAGCACAUAGUAACACACAGGUCUGUGUUUUGCCAUUUCUUCGAUAUCAGCCUCCUCACAGUCUUCUACUUCAGUUUCUUGGUUAAACUCGUGAGGGAGUACGGACACAACAUUGCAAUUUAAAUUUAUAGAUGAGACUCCAUCAGAAUCAAAAUCAUUUGUCAUUCUGUCCUCUUCGUUCCAGGAAUUUGACCGCAUCUUAUCUUCUUCAUCCAAGAGCUUUUCAGCUUCGAACAAUGCACGUUCCACCGGAGGUUUGUUUGACUUUGCUCCCUGGUAUGGGACUUGGUUGCUGCUAGUUUCUCCAGUUUCUCUUGGUCUAUAUUCCUUCUGGGCCUUUUUCAUCCUCUGGUGCCUCCUCCAUUGGGACCGAGACAUAGGGUUUUUUCCCUUAUAGUUCUCCAAUCGAUAUGUCUCUCGAUUUGGCCUUUGAAAUUGUCUCCUAUAUGCCAUUGCGGUUCUUCCUCCUUGGUCCCAACUACGCCAUUUUUUGGUUCUUGCAUCAGCUUGUACCCAUCUAUCCCUAGGUGGAUCUGCAGGGAUUUUGAACGUUACCCUUCGAACUCUAGGGUGUGGACUAUCUGGUCUCUUCGUUGGGGUCCAUACAUCGAAACCAUACAGGUCAGGACGUAGCCCCUGAGUUUCUUGAUUCAUGGAGCAGUGCACACGUUCAAAUGAUCGCGCUAGCAUCUCAUCAUAGGCUGCCCCACAUCUGGGGCAGAGUGCAACUUCAGAGUUCCCCUUGUGGCAUCUGAUCAAAAAUCCUAAUAAGCUUUCAUCCAUCCUUGGGUACACUUGUAGUAAAGGAUUUGGUUCUCUCCCUGGGUGUUCCCAUCUUUCACGUCGAGCCCUUUCGAAAUUGGUUUCGAUUCUUCGAUUCAGCAUGAUCGAACACCUUGGGCACAUCCAUUGUUUUCCGCCAUUUCUCUCAUGGCAAUUCCAUAGGUAGUCUUUGAGGUUUUCAGCUCUUAGAGGAAUUUUAAUACCCCCAUUCUGCCUUGUCAGCCGUGUCUCUAGUUCGCCAAACUCAGAUGUUGGGUGUCUGGCGCUAACCAUGUUGACCACCGCUGGAGCAACUUCAGAGAUUUGGAUUUUCUGGAGUUUCAUCCUGAGGUCUUCAGUGGCCUCAUUGCUCUCUUCUUUUGGUGCUUCAGUCAUCUCUAUUUGGGAAGCUUCUUCAAUCUCAGUAUUGAAGAUUAUUUCAUCAUUCAGGCUUUCAGUAGCCUGCUUUCCGUUGAGCAUUGCCUUAGUUUCCGCCACUUCGAUCUCCGAUACUUCCACCAUGUUGAUAUCUUCUACCUCACAGAGGCUAGCAUCAGCAAUGUUUAGGGGAUUGGUAUCGACCCUCAUGUGACUCUUGGUCUUGUCAGCAAAUUUCAACCUUCCAUCAUUGAUAGCAUUUUGAAUUAGAUCCCUGAAAAGAAAACAUUGUGAAGUUUUAUGGCCUAAAAACCCAUGAUAUUUACAGAAACCUCUUUUCUUCCGUUGUUCCAACGGAGGAAUUUUGGAAUUAGGAGGUAGUAUCAUUUGGCCAUCUUUUACUAAUAGAUCAAAUAUUUCAUCACACUUAGUAAUAUCAAACGUAUAAGUUUUCUUAGGAAACCUAUCAUUCUUAUCAUUUUCUACAGGGUUCUUUCCAUUUGCAGGAUUUAAUAGUUUGCAGGCAUAAGGCGGUGCCUCUUUUAAUUCUGCUAAGUCUAUUUCGACUUCCUCCAGGCUAUAUGAGUCAUUGCAAGACUCAUCAUCAGCGUCUUCGGCUUCGACGUACGCUAUCCUUUCCUUCUUAUGACUUUUGUUAGCCCUAGCCUUUUCUGCUUUCAAGCGUUCGACCUGUCGAACUCUAUCCGCUAACUGGGCCAUGUCCCUAAGGUAUUGGGUAUCUAAUUUCUUUCUUAUUGAGUAGUCUAAACCACCUGCUGCCAUUUCGACAAGUUCGUGCUCAGGAACUGUCGUAAAACACCUAGAUUUCAACAGACGGAACCUAUUCAAAUAAUCAUCAAUAGUCUCCGUGAAUUUCCUCUUAACACUGGCCAAUUCCUUCAAACUUAUCUUAGUUUGACCCAUGUAAAAUUGCUCAUGGAACAAUCUUUCUAGGUAUGCCCACGCAUCUAUCGAAUUGGGUGGCAAAGUAGUAAACCAGAUAAAGGCAUUCUUUGUCAGCGAACUAGGGAAAUACUUGAUCCUUAAGUCCUCGUUUCAUGCCAAGUCUCCUGCUUCUGUUAGAUACCUAGCAAUGUGUUCCACUGUCGAUUCGUUAGUUUCGCCUGAAAAUUUUGUAAAUUUGGGUACCUUAGUGCCCCUAGGUAAUUCUGUCUGCAUAAUAUAGUCUGAUAUAGGGGAUGUAUAAUUUGGACGUCUGAGUCCAGUACUUAGGCCAUUAUUGGCCAUCACCCUUUCUAUCAUAGCAGUCAAGUUAUUCUCCGUGGCCAGAUUUUCCCUUCUGACUCUUUGAACAACCCCAUCUGGAUGUUCAUUUCUACCUACAAUUCUUACUCUGGGUUGUUCUUCCUCCGUUUCUUGUCGAACGGGGACGGUUUUUUGACUUGAAGUCUCUAAAUUAAUUACUGGAGUUUCUUCCGUCCAAUUCGUCCUCCGCAAGGAGCUUAUAUCUCGGAUGGGUGGUCUCGAGGAUGGGCCCUCAUCUUGUAUGCGUUCUAAAACGGGCAUUUCCUCUUGGUAUGCGGGCUGUUUAUCUUUCCUUUUUGGUUGUGUCACACCCAUGAACUCCGACAUCCGAUUCAUUUGAGAUGACAUCUUUCGGAAAGUUUCUACAUUUUCCCUAUUUGUGCAAGUAAUGUUUGUCAACAAUGGGGUAAAGAUUGAAGUCAAUUCUUUGGCUAAGGCCCCUAGCAUAUCAUGAUUGCUUGCAUCCAUUUCUUGUCGAAAUGCUGCUUGGCUGUUUGUGGUAUAAAGAGGCACCUGGGUAGAAAAACCACCGUUGUAUGUACUUCGACUUGCAGAUCCCACAUUUGGUGAAAAUGUCGCAUUAUUAGUUGGGGCAUAAGUAGGUCCGUCCCCUCGUACGCCUGAUCCAAAAGGAAAUGGCAUCCCGAAUGAAGAAUUUGGCCUCCAUUCGAAAGUUGAAUUCGUGCCUUGACUAGACAAGUUAUUCGCAGCAUUUGUUGAGGGAAACGGUAAUACUUCAUCUGCACUCGUGGUCGAAGGUGCAGCUGUUGACACUGAAACUGGCAAAGUCCCUGAAAGUCCUGUAUUAUUCUCAGGCACCGACUGGGAAUUAUCUGCAGGUCUCGAUCCAUUUGGACCCGUUGUAUCCCUUGUUCCUUGAGUGGAAUUCGAAUUUGCCGCUCCUGAUCCUGUGCCUUGUGAGGGAUCUUGAUUACCCCCUGCACUGGCUGUAACAGCCAUUUUCUUGUUGUACCUUCGUUUGGGAACCGGUUGUGCACUGUUUGUUAAUUUACCGUUCCUAAGGUUCAUACAAGGUCUUGAUAUUGUCUAGACAAAACAAAGCAAUUGAUUAAAACAAUCUGUUCGACACGGUCCCACUGGGCGUGCCAAUUUGUUUACGGUGAUUUCCGGUAAACAACCGCUAGUCCUCCAAACUAUAAUAAAUAUGAUUUGGUUACUCGCAGGAUCGACUAGAUUGAUCCUAGGACACAUAGUCGAUUAGAUUGUUAUCAAUAUUCUUUAGAACCAUGUUCAUGAUUCGUUGUCUUCGACAAAUGUUAUUCGAUUAAAAACAUACACUUUUUAGUGAUGACUUGAUUAUAUGUGAUUAUGACUUUAAAAUGUAGACAACGCAUAUAACAUAACAUGCAAUUCUGUUAAAAAGAAUCUUAAAACAUAAAACUGUUAAAGAUCUUGAAAGUAAGUAACAUGAAGAUAAAUAACAUGAAAGUAAAUAACAUGAAAGUAAAUAACAUGAAAGUUAAAGAUACAGUAAUGUAAAUGAUAAGAAGUAAAUAGAAUGCAAGAAUUUAAAGAUAUUCGAAGACGAAAAGCAAUAAAAGAUAAUACUCAUGUAUUAAGAUGGUGGUGUCAUACGUACAUUUUCUCAGCGAACUCGUUCUCGUUAACGCUUGAUACUUGAGUAAAUAUGUGAGUGAUUUGUACAAAAUGAACACACGGAAUUCUAUCAUGAAAACUCCUAUUUAUACUAGUUUCGACCAUAACGGCCCUACGCUAAUCUGCUGCCACGUUUCUCAUAAGAACUUCCAGCGAUGACAUCUGUGAAUAAGCAGUUACGUGACUAUCUUCGAAUUUCAAAUCUUCCCGCCUGAGUCCAUCUUCGACGCGUGGCAGUAUGCUAAUAAACACUUACUAACAAACACGCUAAAUAAUAAUACUUAAGUAAAUUUAUAAAUUUUGUCUAAGUCUUCGAGGAUAUAUCCUUCCAAUAGCUUUCAGUAGCCAUCACCUUCAUAAAAAACUUAGACAUUUCCUGCUAUCGAAACAUGGCCAUCAGUAGCCAUUUUAUACUUCUCAGAGAUGGUCAUCAGUAACCACCUUGCCUUCGAUUAUGCACUCCUUCGAAGCACAUAUAUUUGUUCAACGAAAUCUUCAGCUAACAAUUCCAUAAUCAAUUUAUUGUGGUUUUGCUUGUAUCAGGUUGAAAUUUGAAUCAUAAUAAAACCUUUUCCCAAAGAAGUAGUAAUGUUUUUGGACUUAAUACAAAGUUAGGAAAAUAAAUUCUGAAAAUUCAAAAAGAUUA